UGUCUAUAGAAUUAUUGACUUGUAUGUUAAUAAGUAAAUAACUAGUAAUCCUAUAAGCAGUUUAAACAUUCUUAUAGUCAACAACAAAGUAACCUUAUUGUCUUUCGAAACACCUAAGUGAUGCUGUGAAGCUCAACACUUUUUUUGACCUAUGACCCUACACUAGGCAAUGUCCCAGCGAGCAGAUGCCUCCCAGUGUGGCGGGGUUGUGGUCGAGUUUGAGUCUGACGACAUCAGGGAUGCGAGAGCUAAAAAAGCUAGGAGUAUACCAGGUUCAGCUCUUAUCUACCUCAAGGGUCCCAAGUUUCUCAUCUAUGUCAGUGGAGCAUUGUCAAUGUGGGGUGACCGCAUGUGGCACUUUGCAAUCUCUGUGUUCCUGAUUGAGCUGUAUGGCCGUAACCUGCUGUUGACUGCAGUGUUUGGAUUGGUAGUGGCUGGGUCAGUGCUCCUACUUGGGGCUUUGAUUGGAGACUGGGUUGAUCGCAAUCCCAGGAAUAAAGUUGCACAUGCAUCUCUUUUCAUUCAGAACAUCUCAGUGACAAUAUGUAGCAUUGUGCUCAUGUUGGUGUUCUUAUAUAAGCAAAGGAUUGAACAGAUCUGGGAUGGAUGGCUUACCGUGGUUUGUUAUACGGUGGUGAUCGUCCUGGCAGAUGUGGCAAACCUUGCAAGCACAGCACUGACCAUUGCCAUUCAGAGGGACUGGAUUGUGGUUAUCACUGGCUACAACCGAGGUCACCUAGCUGGAAUGAAUGCAACCAUGAGGCGGAUAGAUCAGGUGACUAACAUCCUGGCCCCACUAGCAGUGGGACAGGUCAUGACCCUGGCCUCCAAUGUAGUCGGCUGUGGCUUCAUCCUGGGCUGGAACCUUAUAUCUCUCAUUGUGGAGUUCUUCUUCUUGUCACGGGUGUACCGCAUUGUCCCUGCUCUUUCAAUCAAACCACCAGUGGAGGAGGAGGAUCAGGUGUGUCUGCAGAGGAUGGAGAGGAGAGGGUCACAAGGUAAUGUUGCACAACCUCAACCUCUGACAGAUGGUAACUGCAACACAAGCCUUCACCUAAAAGAAAUCACCAACCUGCCGCUGUGUUUCCGGAGGUUUCGCUGGCUGGUGAGCACCUGUAAGGACGGCUGGAGGGCCUACUAUCGCCAGCCUGUCUUCCUGGCAGGAAUGGGUCUGGCUUUUCUCUACACCACAGUCCUGGGCUUUGAUUGCAUCACCACUGGCUAUGCCUAUACUCAGGGCAUAAGCGGCUCUCUCCUCAGUCUGCUGAUGGGUGUAUCAGCUAUCACAGGGCUGAUGGGCACCGUUAUGUUCACCAGACUCAGGAAGACCUAUGGCCUGGUUAACACAGGCAUCAUCUCAAGCUGCCUCCACCUGGGCUGUUUGCUGCUGUGUGUGUGCUCUGUGUUUGCCCCUGGCAGCCCUAUGGAUCUUAGCUUGCUGAUGCCUUACAUUACCCCCAACUCUACUGAGCUUGGAAGGAUGGUAAGCCAAAGGCAGAAACACACUUAUCCUCUGAGGGGAGGCAGCAAUCAGCCACUGCUACCCGACCGCUCCUCCAUUCAUUGGACCAACAACACUGUGCUUUUUGACAAUGUGCCUGCUGGCACAGCGCCAGAAUCUUACAUCUCCAUCAUCCUGCUGUUCUUGGGUGUCAUCACAGCACGCAUUGGUCUCUGGUCCUUCGACUUGACAGUGACCCAGCUCCUGCAGGAGAACAUCUGUGAAUCAGAGAGGGGUGUGGUGAACGGGGUGCAGAGCUCUAUGAAUUACCUGAUGGAUCUGCUUCACUUCAUCAUGGUGAUCUCCGCUCCACAGCCACAGCACUUUGGCAUCCUAGUUAUCAUUUCUGUAUUAUUCAUCACCACUGGGCACACUAUGUACUUCCUGUAUGCACACAAAGCCAAGAGAAAACGCCGCCUCGACACAUAAGGAGCAGACAUGGCCCACACAUCCAGGCAUGAGAUGCUUACCAGCACUGAGUCCACUCUGCACCUGUGAAAUGAAUGUCUCCCUCCUGUUCCUUCAGCAAUCUUAUUGCAACACUCCACUCCCGACUUAGCCAUUCAUUUCAGCACAACACAGCAAGUGCCUGUCCCACCUAGGUUGCUUUCUUCCUGCAAGGCCGUGUGCCAUAGCAGCAAACAAGAACUCAGGUGAAAUAGAGUGGGAGACACGCUCUCCCUUCGUGUACAUAAGUUGAGGUGGCUACAAUAACUGCAGCAAUGGUACCUCCAGGGGAAAUGUCCUAAUCUAACAACAGGACACAAAGGUAACGGCUAAGGCACCAACACAUGCCUAUGCAAACCCUGUAUGAUUACUGCAAGACUUUCAUCAAACAAGCCUGUUAACUUACAUAGCUUUUUGGAUGGGAGGGUGGAUGGAUGGAGAGAUUUUUCUAACCUUCACUCAGUAAAGAACUGGUGUUGUGAGAAAAACUUAACAGUGAUACAUGAAAAUACAAACAAGACGAGACAGUACUUCUACAAGUGGCAUCGAUGUUACUGAUCCGUCCACUUGGAAAUAUUCCAGGAUGUCCAAAAAGGAACAUAAAGGGAACUUGAUGUGAGACUGUUUGAUAAAAAAAU